AUGUCGUUCGCUGACGUUGUAGCAGAUGUCGUUGCUGAUGUUGUCGCUGACGUUGUAGCAGAAGUCGUUGCUGAUGUUGUCGCUGACGUUGUAGCAGAGGUCGUUGCUGAUGACGUUGUAGCAGAUGUCGUUGCUGAUGUAGCAGAGGUCGUUGCUGAUGUUGUCGCUGACGUUGUAGCAGAGGUCGUUGCUGAUGUUGUUGCUGACGUUGUAACAGAUGUCGUUGCUGAUGUUGUCGCUGACGUUGUAGCAGAAGUCGUUGCUGAUGUUAUCGCUGACGUUGUAGCAGAAGUCGUUGCUGAUGUUGUCGCGGACGUUGUAGCAGAGGUCGUUGCUGACGUUGUCGCUGACGUUGUUGUAGCAGUCGUAAUUUCAGAUGUCGUUCCACACCACGGCGCACACAUCGCAGAAGUCGUUGCUGAUGUUGUCGCUGACGUUGUAGCAGACGUCGUUGCUGAUGUUGUCGCUGACGUUGUAGAAGAGGUCGUUGCUGAUGUUGUCGCUGACGUUGUAGCAGAAGUCGUUGCUGAUGUUGUAGCAGAGGUCGUUGCUGAUGUUGUUGCUGACGUUGUAGCAGAGGUCGUUGCUGAUGUUGUAGCAGAGGUCGUUGCUGAUGUUGUUGCUGACGUUGUAGCAGAGGUCGUUGCUGAUGUUGUCGCUGACGUUGUAGCAGAGGUCGUUGCUGACGUUGUAGCAGAGGUCGUUGCUGACGUUGUAGCAGAGGUCGUUGCUGAUGUUGUCGCUGACGUUGUAGCAGAGGUCGUUGCUGAUGUUGUCGCUGAUGUUGUAGCAGAGGUCGUUGCUGAUGUUGUCGCUGACGUUGUAGCAGACGUCGCUGAUGUUGUCGCUGACGUUGUAGCAGACGUCGUUGCUGAUGUUGUCGCUGACGUUGUAGCAGAAGUCGUUGCUGAUGUUGUCGCGGACGUUGUAGCAGAAGUCGUUGCUGAUGUUGUCGCUGACGUUGUAGCAGAAGUCGUUGCUGAUGUUGUUAGUGAUGUUAUGGCAGAAGUCGUAGUGGUAGUAGCACUAGUACUAGUGGUCUGA